UUUUGUUUAUAGGCGUUGUCAAAGAGGACGGCUAUAGAGAGAGAGAGAUGGGUGGGAACCUUGAAUGGAAACUCUGAGUCCCACCCACACCACUUAAAUACAACCAAGCUAGUCGAAGAAAUACAAGCUUUCAGGAAGAGACUGCAAGAAAACUAAACAAUGAGCUACCCUGGAUACCCCCCUCAGGCAGGAGGAUAUCCCCCACAGGCAGGAGGAUACCCACCUCAGCCUGGGGCUUACCCUCCACAACCAGGUGCUUACCCUCCACAGCCAGGAGCUUACCCUCCCCAAGCGGGAGGUUACCCCCCACAGCCGGGUGGCUAUCCUCCUCAAGCUGGAGGCUACCCACCACAGGCAGGAGGAUAUCCACCUCAAGCUGGAGGUUACCCACCACAGGCUGGAGGUUACCCACAGGCACCACCUCAAGGCAGCUGGGGUGGAGGGCCUAUGGGUGGAUAUCCCUCCAUUGGUCUUGAUGGCUUAUCCAACUCUGGAUACAAUCCUGGCAUGGCCAACCAGAUCUCUGGAGCCAUGGGGGGGUUUCCUCCAAACACGUCCAUGUUUGCCCAAGUCCCUGGGGGCUACCAACCUGCCCCUCAACCUGGUGGGUUUGGUGGCCCCAUCCCUAACCAACAGUCAUGUGGCCUGUACCCACAGCCAGGAGGAACCAUGCCACCACAACAAAACCAGGGUCCAGCAAUGGGUUACCCUGGUCAGCCUGGCCAGCCAAUGCCUGGAUACCCCGGUGCACCAUCACCCAACCCAUCCAUGCCAGGUUAUGGAGGAGCACCAGCACCUAUGCCUGGGUACCCAAAUGCCCCAUCAGCAAAUCCAUCCAUGCCAGCCUAUGGUGGAGGAGGAGCCAUGCCAAUAGCUCCACCUAUCAAUAGAGGAUUCAGGGGAACACUCAAGGACUUUCCUGGAGCUGACCCUCUCAAAGAUGCGGAGGUCCUGAGGAAGGCCAUGAAGGGCUUUGGAACUGAUGAGCAAGCCAUCAUUGAGUUGCUCGGGAGUCGGUCCAACAAACAGCGCGUUCCUUUGCUCCGGUCUUACAAAACCGCCUAUGGCAAGGAUCUGAUUAAGGAUCUGCACUCAGAACUGUCUGGGGAUUUCAGGAAGCUUGUCAUGGCCAUGCUGAAGACCCCCACUGAGUUUGAUGCCUCUGAACUCAACAGUUCCAUAAAGGGAGCUGGAACUGAUGAGGCCUGUCUAAUUGAGGUCCUGUCUUCUCGCUCCAAUGCUGAAAUCAAGGAGAUUAACCGUAUUUACAAACAAGAAUACAAGAAGUCACUGGAGGAUUCAAUUAGUGGAGACACCUCAGGCCACUUCCGCAGGCUCCUGGUCUCUCUUGCUCAGGGUAAUCGGGAUGAACGAGAAAAUGUCGACAUCUCGCUGGCUAAACAAGAUGCUCAGGCCCUGUAUGCUGCUGGAGAAAACAAACUGGGAACAGAUGAGUCCAAAUUUAAUGCCAUUUUAUGUGCCAGGAGCAAAUCCCAUCUCAGAGCAGUGUUCAUGGAGUACCAGCAGAUGUGCGGUAGGGAUAUUGAGAAGAGCAUCGGCAGGGAAAUGUCUGGCGAUCUUGAGAGUGGCAUGUUGGCAGUGGUGAAGUGCAUUAAAAAUACACCUGCAUAUUUUGCUGAAAGACUCUACAAGGCCAUGAAGGGAGCUGGGACAAAAGACAAAACUCUGAUCCGGAUCAUGGUCUCCCGUUCCGAGGUUGACAUGCUCGACAUUCGCCAGGAGUAUUUGAAAAAUUACGGCAAGUCUCUGUACACUGCGAUCUCUGGAGACACAUCAGGAGACUACAAGAAACUCCUACUCAAGCUCUGCGGGGGCAGUGACUGAAAAAGGGAGACGUUCUGUCGACUUCUUUACAGACAUUUCUUCAAAUAUAAUCUUUCUGAAUCAUCUGUAUGCACUAUACACACACUGCAUACUUGCAUGCCAUGUCAAUGCUUUCAAUGCAAAAUUUACCUAGCUUUGAAAAGCUCAUACAUAUUAUUACCUUUCUAUGCAAAACAUGUUUUAUAUAUUUUUUGUUUGUACUAUAUUGGCCGGAUAUGACAGUACAUGGAUUUACAAAAUAGAUUUGUAAGAGUUUACAUUGGAUUUUGAAGAGCUAUAUAUAUAUUUUAAAAGAUUUUUUUAUUGUGCCAAUAUGAUCAGAUACUGAACUGUAUCUGAUGUUUAGCAGCUAGUUAAUGUGAGGCAUAUAAUACAUAGCAGCUAAGUACCAAAGUAAAAUAUGAUGCUUGCAAUUGUACAAUCUCUUCUCUAUAUUUUUUCUAGUCUUGAGUUUUGUUUCUAAAAGCUAUGUUUGCAGUAGUUUUGUCACAUAAAGGUCACUAUAGUUCAUCAUUGAGCAUGAUGUUUCAUAAUUAAGGUGCCAUUUUCAGGGGAUUCAGGAAAUAAAUACUGAGAAUGUA